GAUGAUGAGAUGGCAAAGAAGGAUUGGGAAGAUGAUUUUAGAGAUCAUACUGACCCUCCUCCCUCCUAUAUUACAAUGGUAAAAGAGAAAAGACCAGUCCUAAAGCCUCGAAAAUAUCCUCCCUUGGUCCCUAUGGGAUUUCAAGGGGCUAUGGCUGAAGCAAGGAGAACCGGAGAUACUACCUUUGGUAUAUUCCCGGUCACAGAAGUUUGGGAUGAGGAACCUAUGUGGGAACCUUUGCCCCUUAAAACUCUUAAAGAGCUCCAACAGGCUGUAAAAAUGUCUGGACCAUCUGCACCUUUUACCUUGCAGAUUGUAGAAAUGGUGGCCAGUUCUUGGCUAACUCCCUAUGACUGGCUACAGACUGCAAAGGCCACACUCUCUCCUGGAGAUUAUAUUCUCUGGAGAACUGAAUAUGAGGACAUAUGCAAAGAGACCAUUGUAGAUUCCAUCAAAAAACGAGGCCCCAAGCCCACAAUGGCUAUGUUUAUGGGCACAGGAGAAUAUGCCACCCCUCAGUCUCAGACUAAAAUACCUCGAGAUAUUUUGCAAAUAAUAACUACUAACGCUGUUCAAGCAUGGAGGCGGAUUCCUCCUUCAGGAACCAAGGGAGGAGCAUUGGCUAAUAUAAAGCAGGGAACAGAAGAAACCUAUCAGGAGUUAUAG